CUAUUCACCAAAGUCUUUCAAUUGCUAUACGAUUCCAACCCCAAGAUUCCUGCCUUGAACAACUAUAAAUCUGAAGAACGAAUAUAUCACGCUGGGUAUGACUCUCCACUAAUUGAUACAAAGACUCCAAUAUUAACUGAAGACUAUCUAUCAAGUUUUCUACAGCUAAAUGACAACGAACUAUCCGCUCUAACCAACUCUCACAGAUUCAUCGUUGAUAAUUUGCCAAAUAAAAUCGACUCAAAUCUUUACAAAGGUAAUGGAAUUGUCUUUGUUGGCGGUGGAAAAUUCAACUGGUUAGCCUUAUUAUCCAUAAAAUCUCUAAGAAGCGUCGGCUCGACUCUACCCAUAGAAGUCGUCAUCCCAACUAUCGAAGAAUACGAAAUCGAUCUCUGUGCAAGAAUUUUUCCUGCUUUAAACGCCAAAUGUAUCCUAUUACCUCAUGUCUUGGGAACAAACGUCACCUCAAAAUUCCAAUUUUUUGGCUACCAAUAUAAAGCCUUAGCGCUACUAGUUUCAUCUUUUGAAAACGUCUUACUAUUAGACUCUGAUAAUAUUCCUGUUCACUCUCCGGACUACUUGUUCGAAACUGAACCCUUUUUAUCAAAUGGCUUAAUCUGCUGGCCUGACUUCUGGAAAAGAGCAACUUCUCCUCUCUAUUAUAAAAUUGCUGGAAUCGACAUAUCCCCCAAAAGAGUUCGCUACGGUUAUCAUAACUACGGUAUCUACGAAGCUGGAAUGAUAAAUGAAGCUAAUGAACCAGAUAAAAUCCCUCUCCACGAUAGAUUAGGCACUAUCCCUGAUCCAACAACAGAAUCGGGUCAACUCAUGAUCUCCAAAAAGACUCACAUCAAGUCCCUAUUCCUUGCUUUAUACUACAAUCUAUACGGUCCAAAAUACUACUACCCUUUAUUUUCUCAAGGCUCUGAUGGUGAAGGUGAUAAAGAAACCUUCUUAGCUGCCGCGGUUGUUUUGAAAAAACCUUACUACCAAGUAAACAAAUUCCUAAAUGCCUUUGGUUAUUUCAACAAUCAAAGAGAAUUCAUCGGCACAGGUAUGGGCCAAUUUGAUCCUCUUGAGGAUUAUAAUAUAUUAAACUCAAACUUGAAUAUCUUGAAAAAUAGUAAAAAAUUGUUUAAAAACUUUGAAGAAGCAAAUAAUGAACUAUACAAAAUAAUUCCCGUUUCAAAUCAAUUCAAAGAAGAUACAAAUGUCUUGCCAAUUGAAAAUAAACAACCAAGAAUCUUGUUUGUCCACGCAAAUUUCCCCAAAUUAAAUCCAAUCGAAUUAAAAGAGACUGGCAAAAUUAUCGAUGAAAAUGGUAACAGAAUUCGAAUCUAUGGUCCGGGAAUGGCUAAAAGAAUCGGCUACGAUUUUGAAUUAAUUCAAUGGAAAAAUAUGCAUUUCCUAGUUUGCGAAUUAAAAAUUGAAAUCGAAAUUUUUAAAAACUACAAAAUCUCUCAAGUUUGUAACGAAAUCUUACAGCAAUUGAUGUUCUUAGAAUCAACAGUUGAUUUAUUGGAAAAAGAUUGA